AUGCCACCAAAGUCACAAUCAAGUCAACCAAAACCAUCAACGCAGAAGAAAAUCAAACCAACGCGGGUAAACCUCGCCAAGCUUGAUGCACCAAGCCAUUCGACGAAGCGAAUUAACCCGUUGACAGCCUUCAAAUCGUCAUCUCAGUCUCUACCCUCCCAACGGGACAGGGAUGGGGAUACUUUGCUCCUCUCUCAAGGAACUGUUAAUGGAAAACAAGUUCAGUCUGGUGGGAAAGGGAAAGAGAAAGCAAGAUUGACUUUAUCGCCAUUGGAAGAUAUCGAGGAUCGUCUAUGGGUGGACAUCUACGAACCUACUACAGAGGCAGAACUAGCUGUUCAUGUGAGAAAGGUAGAGGAUGUACGCCGUUGGCUCGUUGAAGCCUUCGAUGGAGGUCCUUCUGGCAAGCUAAAAAAAUACCGCAGGAUCCUCGCCCUGACGGGACCAGCUGGCACAGGAAAAACAUCCACUAUUCGCGUUCUCGCUCGUGAAAUGGGGUUCGACAUUCUGGAAUGGAGAAAUUCUGUCGGAGAAGCAUUCUCUGGCUUUGAUGCUUCAAGUUCCCAUGCAUCAACCGGCCAAUCCCAGCAUCCAAAUAACCAUGAUCAAGACUUCGAGAGCCUGUUUACGAAAUUUGAAGCAUUCCUCAACAGGGCCACAAAUUGCCAGAGUAUCUUCUCCCACUCCACGUCAGGUAGUUCCUCAAAAUCAGCAUCUCAAUCCGCAAAGCCAUCUCCACCACAACGGCGCAUAGUUCUCCUCGAAGACCUCCCGAACAUUCUUUACGCACAGACACAAGCCAGCUUUCACGCAUCGUUGAAGGCGCUCGUGGACUCCUCCCCGUCUUCGCCACCUGUUCCUGUCAUCAUUGUUGUUAGCAAUGCUGGUAUGCGCGGAGAAGCAAAUGAUGACCGCAUGACGAGUGGUGGCGGCUGGGGAAGAGAUAAAGAACAGGUAGUGGAUGUCCGAACGGUCUUGUCCAAGGACUUGCUGGGAGGACCGUACGUCACGCAAAUCAUGUUCAACCCCAUUGCGCCGACACUGCUACGAAAGGCUCUUCAGGCACUUCUUCAAACGCACUUCGCAUCCCACCCGAGGGGAAUGUCGGCCCCAUCUAACGAUGUACUGAAUAUUACCGUGGAGUCGGCUAAUGGCGACAUAAGAAGCGCAAUUAUGGCCAUGCAAUUCGCUUGUGUCGUCCAACUCCCUAGCAAGAGUAAGAGGAAGGGAACAAAGCUUGUAUUAGAGUCAGUCACGCGAAGAGAGCAAAGCUUGGUUCUGUUUCAUCUUAUGGGGAAAGUGCUGUACAAUAAACGUAAAGGUGACCCACCGAACCCGUCUGCAACCGCAAAAGACCUUGCGAAGGAACGUGACAUCGAUGCUCUUCUGAAAGACCCACCGAAACUUCCACCUCACCUUGAAGAGCAUGAGCGAAGAUGCAGUAGAGUGGAUGUUGAUACACUCUACGCAGAUUCGCCAAUAGACUCGUCCUUGUUCUCUUUAUACAUACACCAAAACUAUACCCAAUUCUGUACGGAGAUGGAAGAAGCUGAGGGUGUAGCGGAUUGGCUAAGUUGGGUUGACUCAAGUGGGGGUGAAGCGUGGUACCAAGCGAACCCUCACCGCUUCCACCUAUUGACGCUAGGCACCCUCCACUCGUUGCCUUCACCUGUGCCUCGUCGGUCUCAGAAGGUGUUUAAGCCUGAGUUCUUCAACUCCUUGCAGAGGGAGAAGGAUGCAAGAGACGCAGUGACAAUUACAAGAGAAUGGAUUGCGAGGGAGGAUCUGAAGGUGAACGCGGCAGCUAAGCGUGUUGGAGGAUGGAGUAGGACUGACGUGAUAUUGGAACUUGGAGGGAUCCUGAAGGCAAGAGAAGCUGUGGGUGGCCGCUCCCCAUCUUCGCAGGCUCCUCCUGCCCAUCAGCUAUUCUCGAAAAUGACGUUCGUGAGGGGCGGAGACAACAUGCGGCUAUCCCAGCUUGAUGAAGCCGACACUGGAGCUGCUGCGCAGGUUAUAGACGAGGGGUACGACGAAGACGAAUGCUCAAGAACAAAGGAAGAAAAGGAUGGCGGUUGGUUGGUGGAAGAUGAUAUUCAAGAUUUCGAUUGA